CUGGAAUCUUACACAGAGAUAUUGACGUCUUUCGGUCUGGAUUCCCCCAUUUUGGCGGGCUGCUUGGCAGGGCUCCCGCGGAAGUGACGCCAUCGAUUCCGGUCGCGAGUCCACGCCCUUCAGCAUCUCGAAAACUGCAGCGCGACAUGUGAAGGCAACAAUGGAAGCGCGUCACGCAACCGGCACUUGCUCUUGACGCAUAAAGUGCCGAUUUGAUCUCACCCAUCCCGACUAACUUUCGUCCUGAUUGACCCCAUUUUACCUAGGCAUCCCACCGUAAGACACGACAACAAUGACACUCGUACAAGCCCUCCUCCGCGCAACCGCGUUCCGCACCCCGCUUCUACGGACAUUGGUUCCUUCCGUCGCACUUGCCUAUGGGAUUCAGACCGCUGUCGCUGUGCCUUCGAUUGCGGGCCAAACCGAGCGGUUUUACGAUUUAAGCGGGAGCUUGACGUACCUCUCGUGCACGGCAUUGUCCUUAUUCCUUCCGUACCUGCGAGCCAGGAGCGCUGGAGCGAUAACUGGAGGGCUGGCAGAGUACUUGAGCGCUCCGGCGCCGGGACAGGGUCUCUGGUGGUGGAGACAGGCGGUGUUGAGCGCCGCGGUGGGCAUGUGGGCUACGAGGUUGGGUUCCUUCCUCUUCAAACGCAUAACCUCCGACGGCACCGACUCGCGCUUCGACAACAUCCGCAGCUCGCCCGCUAAAUUCUACGCCGCCUUCUUCGCGCAGGCGAUGUGGGUCUCGCUCUGCCUCCUCCCCGUCAUCCUGACGAAUUCGCUUCCGAGGUCUGCAUUCGCGCUUUCGCGGCUUCAGAACGUUACGAGCAGUAUACCCCAGGCGAUUGCCGCUCGACCAUACUGGACGGAUAUUCUGGGCCUCGCCGUGUUUGUGUUUGGGCUGAGCUUCGAGGUCAUCGCGGACAAGCAGAAGAGCCAGUGGAGCGAGGAAAAGAAGGAGAAGAAGCACUCUGAGGAAUUCCUCACGCGUGGACUAUGGUCGAAAUCACGGCACCCGAAUUACUUCGGCGAGAUCACGCUGUGGACCGGUAUCGCUAUGGCUGCCGGCGGCUUGCUCGUGCGAAACUCGGCGCAGCUUGGGCUCGGACUGGGCGGCCUGGGAGGCAAGGUGGCUGUCGCUGGUAUGUGUGCUGCGUCGCCGGCCUUCGUCGCGUUCUUGUUGCUCAAGGUAUCUGGUAUUCCGCUGAGCGAGAACAAGUAUGAUAAGAAGUUUGGAGAUAGGAGGGAUUACAAGGCGUGGAAGGAGAGUACACCGAUGCUGGUACCGAAACUGUGGUAGACCAUGAGGGUGUAGUCCGUAAGCAGAGCAGGUUCAUUACUCAGUACUCAAGACACAAGUCUCGAGACUUAGCUCCGCGAAUGAGAGAGAUGGCUAUUUGACUCUCGUGCGAG